AUGGCCACCACUAUGCAAGCAUCACGCUCUGUGCUCUCUCUCCGUCCUCAACUCAAUCAGAGACUGGCUGUCACUUCAAGCUAUGGGAGAUGGAAUGUGUCUUUUAGCUCACAGUCACGCCCACUUCACCUUACAGUUACCUGUGCUGCUAAACCACAGACUGUGGAAAAAGUGAGCCAGAUAGUAAAGAAGCAGCUGGCUUUAUCAGAUGACUCUAAUGUCACCGGCGAAUCAAAAUUUGCAGCUCUUGGAGCUGAUUCACUUGACACGGUUGAGAUUGUGAUGGGACUCGAGGAAGAGUUUGGCAUCAGCGUUGAAGAAGAUAGUGCACAGAGCAUCACAACAGUUCAAGAAGCUGCUGAUCUUAUCGAGGAUAUCCUGAGUAAACAGAGUCCUUAG